UGAUUUAACGUCGGGUGCGGCUUUGAAACGUUACAAUUAUAUAGCCAAACAAAAUUGAAAUCCGACGAAAACAAGAGAACGAAGACACGCUGUCAACGGUAAUUUCUACCAAACCGGCAAAUUCGACCUGUCUCUCAAGCCGUCUCGUCACAUUACGUUUCAAUAAUUCGAAUUCGUUUCUGCUACUUCAAUCGAGUGCCUGUAAUCUACGUACUUUUGUCUUCGUACUAGCCAGAAGCAAGGAUCGCACCACACAACAAAAAAGAUGGGAAUGACAGUGGCCGGUGUUGAUCCACUCUCUGAAAAAGCUGUGAAGAUGAGGGAGUCGCUUCAGAAAAGCCAGACCAUAACAGACGACGUCGUUGCGAUUCUGGGCUCCUUUGACCACCGCCUCUCCGCUCUUGAAACUGCCAUGCGUCCUACUCAGAUUAGGACGCAUUCUAUUCGGAAGGCUCAUGAGAAUAUUGACAAGACGUUGAAGGCCGCAGAGGUCAUUUUGGUUCAAUUCGAUCAAUAUCGGCAGGCAGAAACAAAAGUACUUAAAGGGCCACAUGAAGACCUGGAGAAUUAUCUUAAUGCAAUUGAUCAGCUGAGAGGCAACAUUCAAGUUUUUGGCAGUAAGAAGGGCUUUAAGAGUGGUGAUGGUAUUGUUAGCCAUGCCAAUAAUUUAAUAGCUAAAGCCAUUUCUAAGCUAGAAGAUGAGUUUAAACAGCUUUUAUCAUCAAGCAGCCAACCUGUGGAACCUGAGUGCCUCUUUGAUUGCCUUCCAAACACGAUGCGUCCUUCCUCAGGUUCUCCUGGCUAUGAGGGGGACUCUAUUGGCAAGAAUCCUUCCAAUAAUCAUUCUGAUUCACAAAACAAUAACAUUGAUGCUUUUGUAUACACACCUCCUGCUCUUAUACCGCCAAGGAUUUUGGUACUGCUCCAUGAUUUAACGGAACAAAUGGUUCAAGCUGGUCAACAGCAAAAGUUACUCAAAAUUUACCGGGAUACCAGGUCUGAUGUAUUGGAAGAGAGCCUACACAAACUGGGAGUUGAGAAGCUUAGCAAAGAUGAUGUACAAAAGCUACAAUGGGAGGUUUUGGAGGCUAAAAUUGGAAGUUGGAUUCACUACAUGCGAAUAGCUGUCAAAUUGUUAUUUGCUGGUGAGCGGAAAGUUUGCAAUCAAAUAUUUGAAGGAUUUGAUUUACUCAUUGAUCAGUGUUUCGCUGAGGUGACUAAAAACAGUGUCUCCAUGCUGCUUAGUUUUGGAGAAGCAAUUGCCAAAAGUAAGAGAUCACCAGAAAAAUUAUUUGUACUUUUGGACAUGUAUGAAAUAAUGCACGAGCUUCGUUCAGAGAUAGAAACACUGUUUGAAAGCAAAGCUUGCACUGUGAUCAGAGAAGCUGCGUUGGGUUUGACAAAACAGCUUGCACAAACUGCACAAGAGACGUUUGGAGAUUUUGAAGAAGCAGUCGAGAAAGAUGCUACAAAAACUGCUGUGACAGAUGGAACUGUCCAUCCUUUGACAAGCUAUGUAAUUAACUAUGUGAAAUUUUUAUUCGACUACCGGUCCACAUUGAAGCAACUUUUCCAAGAAUUUGCUGAGGGAGAUGAAACUUCAGAGCUGGCCUCUGUAACAAUGCGAAUAAUGCAAGCUCUGCAAGCCAAUUUAGAGGAAAAAUCAAAGCAAUAUAAAGAUACUGCUUUGACUCACAUAUUCCUUAUGAAUAAUGUUCAUUAUAUUGUCAGAUCAGUACGGAGGUCUGAAGCCAAGGAUUUGUUAGGGGAUGAUUGGGUGCAACGGCAUAGGAGAAUCGUGCAGCAGCAUGCAAAUCAUUACAAAAGAAAUGCAUGGGCAAAGGUACUUCAAUGCCUCUCUGUCCAAGGCCUUACCUCAUCAGGUGGUAGAGGGGGCACUGCAGGUGGCGAUGGAGGAACUAGUAGCAGUGGUGCUUCAAGAGCAAUUGUUAAAGAAAAAUUCAAGGCUUUCAAUAUGAUGUUUGAGGAAAUACACCAGAGACAAUCUCAGUGGACAGUUCCCGACACAGAGUUGCGCGAGUCUCUCAGGCUUGCUGUUGCUGAAGUCUUGUUGCCUGCCUAUAGAUCAUUUAUGACACGUUUUGGGCCACUUGUAGAGAAUGUAAAGAAUGCUCAGAGAAUCAUCAAAUACACACCAGAAGAUCUAGAAAGAAUGCUGGGCGAAUUUUUUGAAGGAAAAAGCAUAGACGAAAUGAAGCGGUAAAUGAAGAAUUGAUAAGAGGGAAGCAAGUAAAGGGAGUUACCGUUUGUAAAUUGGUGGCCUAUUGAACAUUUUGAGAGGAAGAAUGUCCCUUCUUCCUUAGAUUGCGUGUAUAGUGCCUUUCAUUAUAAAAUAAGCGUAUAGUUGUUUGGGCUAUGAAAUUUUACUUUUCUUUAUGAGCGUGCGAUUGUAACCAUGGACUCACUACAAGGAAAAUAGGCAUUUGAGAUUUGAGAUGAAUGUUAGACAAUUUUUUGGUCUUUAAUUAGCAAUAAUUUUAUUA